CGAGGAGCUAUGAGAACGGAUCAAGAGGAUCUUGUAUUUUCAACAAGGAGAUUACGGUGGAUCUCCAGUUGGCUGCCCUCCUGGUGCCCAACCUCUCUCUCUCAGCUUGAAAAAGCAGAAAACAGAAUCCUAAAGCCCAUCAGUGUCAAGUUUACACGAGGACAUGUUCCCAUAUCUAAUGGCAACUACAUCUGGACUCUCGGCUUCAAUGAAACAAAGAGCUCAUCCUACCAUUCAGGUCUCCCAGCCUCUGGGGUUGGAGACCUGCAGCAGGUCCCACUAGUGCUCCUGCAUGGUUUUGGUGGUGGAGUGGGUCUCUGGGUUAAAAACCUACCUGCCCUUACAAAGGGAGGAAGGCCUGUAUACGCACUAGACCUGCUGGGUUUUGGCCGCAGCAGUCGACCAAUUUUUGGCAGUGACCCCAGUGAAGCAGAGGAGCAGUUUGUACAAUCAUUGGAGGACUGGAGACAGGCAGAAGGUUUGGAACAUAUGAUUCUCCUCGGCCAUGAUCUUGGAGGUUAUGUGUCCACUGCCUAUGCCCUGAAAUAUCCUCACAGAUUGAAGCACUUGUUGUUGGUGGAACCAUGGGGUUUUUCAGCAAGACCGAAUGAUCAGGAAUCAGAGCGUUGGAUUCCCAUUUGGAUUAAAGCCAUUGGUGCUGCAAUGAAUCCUUUCAACCCUCUUGGUCCACUUAGGCUGGCAGGACCAUUGGGUCCUUUGUUGCUACAGGCUUUGCGUUCAGAUUUUAAGCAGAAAUAUGCUUCUCUAUUUGAGGAUGACACAGUGGCUGAUUACAUAUACCAUGUGAAUGUGCAGAUGCCCAGUGGAGAGACAGCAUUUAAAAAUAUGACGAUCCCAUAUGGAUGGCCCCAGAACCCCAUGAUGGAGCGUGUAGGGAUGAUCAGUCCCUCUCUUCCUUUGUCUUUUAUCUACGGAUCCCGUUCAAACAUUGAUGGCCAGUCAGGAAAAGCCAUCCAAGAAAUCAGAACAAACUCACAUACAGAAAUCAUAGCCAUUCAGGGUGCAGGUCAUUACGUAUUUGCGGACCAAUCAGAUGACUUUAACCAGGCUGUGCUCAAGAUAUGUAACAAUGUCAGAGACAUCAUCAAUAUAUAGAAGAUGAAAAAAAGGAUUAACAAGAUAGAGGAGAGGAAGAAUAAAAGGGAACUUAAUGACAGAGAGGGGUGAACUGAGAAAUAACAAAAAGAACAAGAGAAUGCUUGGAGGAGUGAGAACAUGAGCUAGAGACAUGUGUGAGUGAUAGAAGGAUCAUAUUAAGGUGUGAAAUAAGAGAUAGAUACCUGAGGUAAGAAGAAGGUAAAAAGAAAGAAAAAAACAUGGAAACAAGGAAGGAAAAAAUGUCAAAACCUGUUUUUAUACUUUUGGAUAAUUAUAAUUUACACUUAAAACAAUAUCUGUACUUUAUGAACUCUGUUUUUCAUACUAAAGCUGAAUUAAUAAAUAAUAGGAAUAUGUAGGUAUUUAUAGUAAGAAAUAAAUACAAAAACUGUCAUUCAAUAAAGGA